UCUCCUUUAUCAAUUUUUUACUUUACUCUCUCUACAGAGAAACAGAAUAGACACCUCCUUAGAUGUCUAUGUAUCCUUUAUCCCCUUUUUUUAGGGUUAUAUCUUAUUUGCUCUCUCUCAAAUGGAGAGAAAAAGAGCAGAUGGAUCCUCCUAAUCCCUAAAAUAGGCCUUCUUCUGUAACAGCAAAAACAAAGGGCCGGCUAUUCUUUUUGUUCAAUGAAAAAGCAUUCGUUCAUAGUAGCUAAGAGGAAUCCGAACUUAUUAUUAUUCAAUUUAUAGCAAGCAAUCUCUGAUUGGAAAUAGCCUUGAUCUCGAACAUCACCUAAGCUAUUUGAGCUCCUGUCUAAACUCCCCGGUAAGCCUUCCUUCUUAUCUUGCCUUCGGAUGAGUGAAGUGACCCAUGGGCAUGGGGCACGUUAAGAUUCACUGUCUUUCUUUUUUUUUUUUCGAAAUUUAUGACCGGCGGGAAAACCUGAUUGCCAUGCUUCGUCGUCAGAGUCUAUGAAACCCAAACCCUUCAUCUUCGCCAAGCGCUUCCCAAUUCCGUUGCUUUUUUCUUAUCCAUUUUCUCCGCAACAACAACGUUUUCCCUUCUCCACUCACAAUCGCCACUCCUUCGACGAAGCCGUUCCAGGUUGCAGCGCCGUUUACCAACACGUGCUCAAGUUCCAGCGUCCACCGACCAUUCGGUGGAGCCCGCACCUCGAGAACACCGCUAGUUUCAUCGGCACCGUCGCCCGCGAACCGACGCGCGUUAACUCAACAACCGGUAAAUGCGGAGUUUACACCGUGCUUAAGGUUCCAAAAUCCAACCAAUCAAAUAGCUCCUUUUUCCGGUUGCUUCUGAUGAUGCGGAACAAUGUGGCAAAACUUGCUUCGGAACACUUGAAAUUGAAUGAUUUUAUUCAGGUUUUAGGUUCUUUGGGGUCUUUCACGAAACCUGAUGCCAAUGGAAUCCUUAGAUUGAAUUACAAGUUAGAGGUGAAGGAGUUCGAGUUUGUUGCUCAAAGGUCUGGUUAUCUAGGCGACAAGAAAUUGGAAUCUGUUGAAGCAGAUGCUGGCAUGCAAAAAAAUCAAAAUCGGCUUCACCUUUGGCAAGUGUUUUUUUCCAAUCCAAAUGAGUGGUGGGAUCAAAGAAAGAGCAAGCGAAAUCCAAAACAGCCUGAUUUUAAGCACAAGGAUACCGGCGAAGCUCUGUGGCUAAGUGAGUAUGAUCCUCCAUGGGUUAAAAGACAACUCCAAUUGUUUGACUCAAAAAUUGCUGGAGGAUCUGCAGGUCGUCGUUCACGUGUCACCAACUGGGUUUAUGAUGAGUAGCUGAUUGAUAUCAAUAAAAGAAGACAAGUAUGGAAAUAAUAUGCAUCAGCAGACAAGGUGCAGACAUUAAUGGACUAAACUAUUUACAAUCUCUUGGUUGUUAUUUCUGAUUCUGGGAUGCUGUCAAUGGUCAAAUUUUGCAAUGGAAUAAACAGGUUUUUUCCUAUAAAGCAUUUUCCGCUAUCUAAUCCUGGAAACAAAAUAGAUCAGCUCAGAAGAAUGCUGCUAGCAGCUGAUUCGAGGUGAUGCCCUCCAUGUAUAUACUUUAUCUUCACUUUAUCUCUACCCAUUGUAUAAGUUAACAUUACAGCAUCAACUUGUAAAGUGAGAAUUGUUUUUUAUUUGUGUAUUUUAUCUUGGCCUUGAGUGCUUAAUCAGCGUUGACAGUGACAGCUACCCAACUCAAUAUCAAAGUCCAAUUUUAAUAAAAGUUUUAGCUGUUAGAUGAAGACUCAA